AUGGCCCUGCCCGGCCCGCUGCACCUGCUGGACCAGCGCAUCGUCAUCAUCGCCACCCAGCCCGACCCCCCCGCCCCCGCCCCCGCCGACCCGCUGCUCUUCGCCACGCCCCCGGGGCCCGCGCCGCACAGGACGCCCCGGGGACGCCCGCCGGUGAAGAGGAAGCUGGAUCUGGAAAGGGAUCACCAGUACCUCACGGAGGCCGGCCAGCCGGCCCGAGGGCGAGCUAAGCAGACCGGCAAAGGUGCCAAGUCCCCCGGGGAGAAGUCUCGCUAUGAGACGUCGCUGAACCUGACCACCAAGCGCUUCCUGGAGCUGCUGAGCCGGUCCCCCGAUGGGGUGGUGGACCUCAACUGGGCGGCCGACAUCCUCAAGGUGCAGAAGAGGCGCAUCUACGACAUCACCAAUGUCCUGGAGGGCGUCCACCUCAUCACCAAGAAGUCCAAGAACCACAUCCAGUGGCUGGGGAAGCAGUCCGUGUCGGUCAGCCCCAGCCCCAGCGAGUACCAGGAUCUGUCCAGGGACUUACGGAACCUCGAGGAGGCCGAGCAGCAGCUGGAUGACCUGAUCCAGAUGUGCACCGUGCAGCUCAAGCUGCUCACCGAAGAUGCUGACAAUCAAAACUUGGCCUACGUGACCUGCCAGGACCUGCGCAGCGUGGCCGACCCCGCGGAGCAGAUGGUGAUGGUCAUCAAGGCUCCUCUGGAGACCCAGCUGCAGGUGGCGGAUCCCGCCGAGGCCAUGCAGAUCUCCCUGAAGAGCACCAGGGGACCCAUUGACGUGUUCCUGUGUCCAGAGGACAGCUCGGGGGUCUGCAGCCCGGUGAAGAGCCCCUUCAGAGCCGCUCCCGACGAGGCCCCCGCGGCCGCGGGGCUCCUGACGCCCCCACGGGAGGCGGGCCCGCCGAUGCUGACCGGCGACCAAGAGCCCUUCCUGUCCGAGCGGAGCCCCGCCACGCCCCUGCCAUCCGAAGUGGGGGAGGAGGAGGCCCUGUCCCCGCUGGUGUCUGUGGAUGGCCUCCUGGAGCAGGCGCGGGAAGACUUCUCCAGCCUCCUGCCCGACGAGUUCAUCAGCCUGUCCCCGCCCCAGGCCCCGGACUACCACUUCGGCCUGGAGGACGGGGAGGGCGUCCGAGAACUCUUUGACUGUGACUUCGGGGAUUUCACCCACUUGGAUUUCUGACGGGCUCCGGCGGCCCGCCGGGCCUCGGGGCGGGGGCCGCCCGGGGAGGCGCGGGUCGUCCCGCUUCAGGGUG